GCCGAAUUGUACUGUAAAUAAUGGGGUUAUUUUUUCAGUCUGCUCUGCUCUGCCUGCCCGUGCCUGCUGAAAGUCUUCUGAGUCCCACCUUUACGUCUUCAUUUCUGAACUCAAGAUAUAACCCAUCGGAUGACCCAUCCGGAUAUUGGUUCGUCUCAGCCUCCGGCGCCAGAUCAACCUACUGCCGACACUCCAAUCCAACCGCCAUCCCCAUCCCAAUCGCCUCCUCUUAGCGUUAAAUCAGAAAGACGACACAGUGUCUUAGGUCAUACCGCUCGGCGAUCGUUUGGAGGCUCAGAUGGUCUCAAUUUAUUACGACUACCUUCGCAUCAUAACCAAUCUUCUGCAUCCGUUAAUUCACAAGCAGAAGUUUAUACCUUCAAUAAUAUAGACGACUUUGACAUAAAAAGCCCAAUAGGAUUUGGUUCUUCAGCCGUGGUGUAUGGCGCUGUUUUCAAGCCAUUGAACAAGCGAGUUGCUAUUAAGAUGAUUGAUUUGGAUCUAUUUGAACGAAACCAAAUCGAUGAACUACGCAGAGAAACAGCCCUCAUGGCCCUUUCAAAGCACCCUAAUGUUCUCAGGGUAUAUGGAUCGUUUGUUCAAGGCUCCAAGUUGUAUAUCGUGACGCCUUAUUUGUUUGGAGGAUCCUGCCUUGACAUCAUGAAAACAGCAUAUCCAGAGGGGUUAGAAGAAAUUAGCAUCGCGACAAUAUUGAAGCAGGCUCUCGAAGGAUUGAUCUACCUUCACAAGAACGGCCAUAUCCAUCGGGAUGUCAAAGCCGGUAAUUUACUAAUGGAUGAUGAUGGAACCGUACUUUUGGCAGACUUUGGUGUAUCUAGUUCGUUGGUAGAGACAGGAGAACGUGGCGGUGUUCGGAAAACAUUUGUCGGCACACCAUGCUGGAUGGCACCUGAAGUGAUGGAUCAAGCCGGAUAUGACUAUAAAGCAGAUAUUUGGUCAUUUGGUAUCACUGCUAUUGAACUUGCCACGGGUCAUGCUCCAUUCGCAAAGUAUCCCCCUAUCAAGGUAUUGAUGAUGACACUUUCAAAUGAUCCUCCUACGCUGGUUCGAGAAAAUACCAAGCACAAGUAUUCCAAGACUUUCAAAGAUAUGAUAGAUCUUUGCCUGUACAAGGAUCCUGCAAAACGACCAACUGCGGAAAAAUUGCUUCAGCAUGUAUUUUUUAAACAGGCAAAGAAGAAGGACUAUCUUGCCAAAGGUCUCCUCUCCACGCUGCCAGCCUUGGAACUACGGACACACAGGAAGAUACCCCAAAGGCACCCCACUGUAACCAAAACAACCACAUGGGACUUUGAUGCUGAUGAUCUUGAUAGUAGCAUCAGUGAGCCCCUAGAUAGAUCUCAGAAUGCUACUGACGAGAAAGCUGUUGAAAUUGAGGAACCGGAAAGCAAUAAUAAUGCUGAGAUGAAGUCUCCAGAAACUGAGGAGAAGAAAAAGCAUAUAUCGUUUGGAGAUGUAGUGGUUCGUAAUCCACCACAACCUCAUAUGUCCCCAAAUGCUGCAGCACAUUCGCCCCCUCUUAGCUCGAGCCCUAAAGAAAGCUCAGAGUAUUCUCCUAUUGUUCCAACCAUUCCCAAGAAAUCCCGCUUCAUUAUUCAGGAGACUAUUACUCCUCGGGAUGGCUGCGAAAUACCCAGUGCUCAUUCAUACAGUGGUAGCCCUCAUCCACUAGUUUCCCCGCUUUCCGAUUCUAUUGGACGAGACGAUGAUUCCAAUUCAUUAUUACUUGGACUUGGAAUGACAAAUUCUAUGACACCUCCUCCAUCGACAGCACCCCAAGAUGUACCAGUAAAGAAAGGUCGCUUCAGCGUCAAUUCCACACCAAGACACUCAAUAUCAGGUGAACCUAAUUUCACCCCACCAAAUGAGCUUCAUAAAGAUUUAAGCUUGAGUAGAAUUAACAGCCAAGAAACCAUUGGUAAGAGACCAUAACUGAGUAAAUGCACAUUGGAAAGAAUGUCUCUAACCAUUUUCCCAGACCGAAAAUCAAGAUUUGAAAUUAUGCAUAACCAGUUAUCCCUUAUCUAGAGAAGGAUCCCUCCCUCUAUCUGGAGCUUCGUUACAUAGGGAGGCCUCAGCCAACGCUCGAGUCAGCCGAUUUUCUGUUGUGGAAAGGGAGCCCGAUAAUAAGGAAGAGCGAGAUGUUAACCGGGAACAGAGUCGAGACCAAAGCCGAGAAAACAGUCGGGAACGUAACCUUGCUAAUGCGAGCGCAAGCGAUAUUCUGCAG